GAAUAUUUUCUAUAUAAUAUGAAAUCAAUGUAAAAUUUUCCAUUUUGAAAAACGCUUUUCUAUAUUUUAAAUUUGUUGUUUACAAGGACACAAUAAAGUGUAACACUGCAGGUUUCCUAGCAACCGACGCUCAAAUGGCGAAAUUUGUAGUGGCUGGUAAAGCAGAUUGCCCCAAAUAUGCAGAGGCGGAACGUUUGGCAGACAUCCUGCAAGGAUCUUUGCCGAACUUUAGGGCCAACAAGAUCUGCGUUCGGCCCGACGAAUGGAAGGGCUGGCUGGAUGCCACCUGCAGGAAAAACGGAUGGAAACAUGAAGAUUCUCCUCUAAUUUGGAGAGAGCUGGUGGAACAGGGAGGCAAAGGUUUGCUUCUGGGGGGCUAUUUGGACUUCCUGAACCAUUGUAAGGAUUACUACGGCAUCUCAUCGGAUGUGGACGCAGAGCUGAUGCUCAGUAUAGCAGCAGAAAACCUCGAGGCGCAGAUCAAACUUCUCCAAGAGGAACAAGAUCGUCUCCGUCUCAUUAAGCCUGUUCACGUGUGGAUAACUGGGGCUGCCAGCCACACGUCCAGGAUCUUGAUUCCCAAUUUGCUUUCUGCUGAGAUUUUCCCCGAAGCUUCUGCCAUCAGCCUCCACCUCCUGGAUGUGGAGGAGAACCAGGAGGAGCUACAGUGGUUGAGAGAGGAGACUCAUGCCCUGGCUCUGAGCACGCUCCAUCAGGUGACAGUUCACACGGAUCUGCAGGAGGCUUUCAGAGAAGCCGACGUCAUCCUCCUCCUGGAUGACAAUGGAGAAGAAGAGAAGCAGAGAGUGAUGAGGCGUUACAGAGAGUUCGGUCGACUCAUCGACGCCGGAGCCAGCAAGGGUGUGAAGGUGAUCGUUUCCGGCGACUCCUAUCCCAAUUUGAGAUGCCUGCUUCUUGUGGAGAGUGCAACCUCCAUCGACAGCCACCAGUUCGUAGCCAUGGCUACGCAGCUGGAGAACGAAGCCAGGGCUGUGAUUGCAGAGAAAAUAAACGUCAGGCCAACAGAGGUCAUCAUAUGGGGAAACAUCAGUGGCGUCUCCUACAUCGACCUGCAGAGGGCGAAGGUCUUUAACUUCCAAGGACCAAUCAAGGGGCCGGCCUUUUUUUCCCAAUCGCUCUCCAGGAUUUGGCCUGACAGGAAGUGGUUGGAAACAGACUUUCAGGAUCUGGUACGUCGUCGGCGUGAAGGCGUGACUUCAAAGACGGGUCGGGCAGCCUCCUUCUCCGCCGCCAACGGGAUCCUCCGAGUCCUGAAGGCUUGGUUCGGAGGCUGCGGUCCAGGCGAGACCCUGUCUGCUGGUGUGCGGACCUCAGGACACUUCAACCUCAGAGACGACGUCGUCUUCUCUGUUCCGGUCACGUUUGGCGAAGGGAAAUGGUCCGUCGUGUCGGAUGUGACCGUGGGAGACGAGCUGAGGAAGAGGCUGGAGCUGUGCGAGGACGAGCUGUACCGGGAGAAACAACUUGAACUGGAAAACGGAGAAUAAAGACGGAGAGAUUUCUUUCA